GCAGGUAAGCUGCAAGCAGCAAGGCAAACCAUCCAAAAGGGAUAACGAAGCCGCCAAGAGCCGAGUGUUAAGAAGGGCAUUGGAGCAGAUUCCCAACUCAGUGAGACUGUGGAAGGCUGCUGUGGAACUGGCGAAUGAAGAUGAUGCCAGGUUCCUUCUGUCACGGGCUGUGGAAUGCUGCCCUCAGCAUGUUGAACUCUGGCUGGCGCUGGCACGCUUGGAAACUUAUGAGAAUGCAAAAAAGGUGCUGAACAAAGCAAGACAGGCCAUUCCUACCGACCACUCGAUAUGGAUAACUGCAGCCAAACUCGAGGAGGCGCAAGGCAAUGUGAAGAUGGUUAAGAGACUCAUCUCACGUGCAGUGGAGUCCCUCAAGACAAAUGGAGUCGUCAUUGACAGGGAGGCAUGGCUGAAAGAGGCUGAGAAUGCUGAACGGGCCAACCCUCCAAUGCUGGCUACCUGUGCUGCCAUUGUUGAAGGCGUGGUGGCAUUGGGGGUUGAGGAGGAGGACAGGCAGCGCACUUGGCUGGCAGAUGCAGAGGAAUGCGAGCGGAGGGGCAGUGUUGAGACAGCACGCGCCAUCUACAAGCACACCCUCACGGUGUUCCCAGGACAGUAUGCUGUCUGGAGGGGUGCUGCUCAACUCGAGAAAUUGCACGGAACUCAGGCUUCCUUGGAUGAGCUCUUGAUGAGGGCCAUAAGAUACUGUCCACAGGCUGAGAUUCUUUGGCUCAUGGCUGCAAAGGAGAAGUGGCUGGCUGGAGAUGUGCCUGCCGCACGUCUCAUAUUGCAAUCUGCUUUUGAAGCGAAUCCUGACAGUGAAGAAAUUUAUUUGGCCGCCUUCAAGUUGGAAUUCGAAAAUGGAGAGCCUGAAAGAGCAAGGAAAAUUCUUGAGAAGGCACGUGGCAGCACAGCCAGCACCCCCCGUGUUUGGAUGAAAUCUGCCGUUGUGGAGCGGGAAUUCAAUAACACUGAGAGGGAGUCAGAGCUCCUGCAGAAAGGCCUGGAGAAAUUCCCAUAUUUUUUUAAGUUGUGGCUCAUGGCAGGUCAGCUGGAGCUGAAAAACGGGGACAAAGAGAGAGCACGAGCCGUGUACAAGAAGGGCCUUGCCAGAUGCAUGGACAGCACUGCACUUUGGAAGGCUGCCGCUCGUCUUGAGGAAAAUGAGGGCCGUGUGUUGGUAGCUCGCAACCUGCUAGAACAGGCCCGGAAGAAGAUGCCUAAAACACCGGAAUUGUGGCUGGCUGCAAUCCGAACUGAGCGGCGUGCCGGCAACACAAAUAUUGCUGAAAACUUGCUGGCCAAAUCCCUGCAAGACUGCCCAACGAGCGGUCUCCUGCUGUCAGAGGCCAUCCGAAUGGCACCAAGGGCACAAAUGAAGGGGAAGUGCGCGGAUGCCCUGGACCGUUGUGACAACGAUCCGUAUGUUAUCGCUGCAGUGGCUGAGCUGUUUCUCAGCAACAGAAAGAUCGUGAAGGCACGGAACUGGUUGAACCGUGCUGUGACACUAGAUUCAGACAUUGGAGACCAUUGGGCGCUGCUCCUCAAACUGGAGAUGCAGCAUGGAACACCCGAGCAGCAGGAGAGUGUGAUUGAACGGUACGCUACAGCUUGCUUGUUCAACUGUCCUGUUCAUAUAGCCCAUAGCAUCCCCCUUGAGUGCAUGUGUUUGUUGCUCUUCAUGUGGUUAUCUGUUAUGUGGUGCUGCUGUCACUGUGGAGACUACCGCAUCACAUCAAUCGCUGCAUCCAUGAAAGUCUCAUUGCACAGUUCUGGUUCAGUAUGGGUGUUCACAUUGCCUGGCACAUGCUCUUUCAGUCAAAGUGAUGUGCUUCGCUACCCACAGCAUCCUUGCGUUGUCGUUUCAACCUGUGGUGGCCAUGCUACCCUGUGA